ACAGAAGGUGGCGUUGAACAUCAAUGAUCUAGAGACAGCAGCUGUCGCUGACGUAGAAGAAAAAAAUGCGUAUUGCGAAAAAGGUGUCCACUCAGAAAGCUCGUCGUAUACUGUAGAUAUCACUACGAUAUCCUGUAUUUGUCUGUCUUUACAAACAAUCAAAUGAUCAACCUACUCAUGUAGCGAGCUUCUUAUUUUAAACAUCAUUCUUGGGUAAUAGAGUCAUAGUAGAAGAAGUCUCAUUUCAUUAUGAAUGAGCCAGAGGGACUGCGGUUCAGGAGACUGAACAGACCACAGAUCAUCACAGACGAAUUACAGGAACCCCAAUACAAGGGCACCAGUACCUAUAGUGGAAAGGUAUUCCGUGUGAUCCUGGUGACCCUGGGAGGAUGCCUGAUCCUUCCAAUGCUUGUAGUCUUUUUUCUGCUUGAGUCUCCUAUUCACCCUGAGCUGCUUAGCCUCAAUGAGCCGCCCCUUAUGUCUGGCUGUUACGAGCCCAACUUUAAGCUGAGGGAGGCACAGCGGCUGUUUGAGGACCAGCUGGUUGGCCCAGAGUCUAUCGCUAACUUUGGAGAUUUGAUUUACACUGGUACGGCCGAUGGAAAGAUAGUGAAGAUUGAGGGCAAGAGCAUCACUGUUAUAGCCAGACUUGGCAAGCCACCCUGUGAUGGAUCCCGUGAACAGGAGCCUAGCUGUGGACGACCCCUGGGUAUCAGAGUGGGUCCUAACGGCACCCUGUUUGUAGCUGAUGCCUACCUGGGGCUGUUCAAGGUCAACCCUGUCACAGGUGAGGUGACCAACCUGGUGUCAGCUGGGCAGAUGGUUGGGGGCCGGAGGCUCUCCUUUGUCAAUGACCUGGAUGUAACGCAGGAUGGGAGGAAAGUGUACUUCACUGACUCUAGCAGCAGGUGGCAGCGCAGAGACUACCUUCAUCUCAUCAUGGAGGCCACAGCAGAUGGACGCGUGUUGGAGUACGACACAGAGACCAAGGAGGUGACCGUGCUUAUGGAGAACCUUCGUUUUGCCAACGGGAUCCAGCUUUUCCCUGAUGAGGAGUCUGUGCUGGUGGCUGAGACCACUAUGGCUAGGAUACGCAGGGUCCAUGUGUCAGGUCUAAAUAAGGGAGGAAUGGACACGUUUGUUGACAACCUUCCUGGUUUCCCUGACAACAUCCGUCGCAGCUCCUCUGGAGGGUACUGGGUGGCCAUGUCAGCUGUGCGGCCCAAUCCUGGAUUCUCCAUGCUGGACUUUCUGGCCCAGAAGCCCUGGAUAAAGAAGCUAAUAUUUAAGCUCUUCAGUCAGGACGUGCUGAUGAAGUUUGUGCCUCGCUACAGUCUGGUGAUAGAGCUCCAGGAGAGCGGGGCAUGCAUGCGUAGCUUCCAUGACCCCCACGGCAUGGUGGCAGCCUACGUCAGCGAGGCACACGAGCACGACGGCCACCUCUACCUAGGCUCCUUCCGCUCCCCUUACCUCUGCAAGCUGGAUCUCAGCAAGGUUUGAGCUGGGAGCUGAGCACAACCGCUGUCUCUAAAGAAAAAAAAACAGUGUUGCUUUCUGAUGAAAACCACUCAUCUCCAAAACAGGAACUUUUCAGGAAAUGGAAAAAACUGCCAUAUUUUCCCAUUAACAAACAUACUAUUAUGAAACUUCAGAAGCUAUUUUGAAUAUAUGUUCUCAGUCAUAGUCAUAAAAUGUUCAGAGUACAUUGAGGGGAGUUACCUCUUUCAAAAAAUGGAGAAUAGGUUUUCAUCAGACAGCAAUAUGUUCCACACUGUGAGACUGCUCUCUGCCUACCUAACACCUCCCUACCUAGUCUUUCCCAAAGGAGUGUUUUCCAAUAACAGAUACAUUGGAAUUGAUCGGAAUGGCUUAAUGCUUGAUGUGCUGGGUUUGCAUUGCUUUUCGCCAGCUUCAGGAAAACAUGGGCUAGUCUUCAUUAAGUAGCUGCACUACUGAGGCACAUUUGACUGGGAUGCAUAGCCAUCCUUUCUAGUCUUAUCAGCCCACAAUGAACUAUUAACCCUUUAACUUCUGUUGACAGGUAUGAUGGUGUGUUUCAUUUGGAGCUCAAGUGCUUUUAAUGUUUUAACCAAGCAUUCCUUGGGCCAAAUUGUUUGUGCAGAAAUCCCCAUGUAAGGUACAUUGUUUUUCAGGUCUGUUUUGUUGAAAUGAGGUGCCAAAUGUGUUACUUUUCUUGUGUGAACCAUUCAGUACUGAGCUCUAAUCUCACCCCUAAAAAUAACUGACAAUGUUAUUCUUGUACUUCAGACUUAAUUUUAUCAGUAGAAAUAGACGUAAAGAACAGUGAAUCUGUAUUUUAGGAGUGCCACUUUAAACUGAUUUAUUGUGUGUAUAUUUAGAUAUCCUAGACCAAGUUGAUCAUACUGUGGUGAGAAAGGAAAUAAGUAUGAAUCAUUUCCCCUGACUUUGUAUAUUGCACAACUGCUUAACGGAAUGUUGAAUGCUGCCAGCCUUCAGCUGAGCUUCCUUUGAAAUAAAACAGUUUGCCUAAUAAUAAAAAUGACAUUUCUAGUGUUAAUAUA